GUCUUCUUCCACCCCAGAACACAUACCCUCUCGAGCCUCCGCGACAUAACCAUUGCCUUCCUGUUCUCCGUGCUCCUACGGCCACUUCUGCUAUUUGGCGAUGAGGACAUUGUGACCGGAGGGGGCAAGGCUACAAAAUAUCGAGGUUUACAGUUGGUACACCGCGCCAAAGACGAGACACAGCGCCCAUCUACAUCCCACGCGCAAACCCGACUCCCUUGCUGGACAGAUCUUGUUCAUUGCUACACGCGCAAACCCCCUCGAACACGUCCUUGAAGAACAUUUGCAGCCGGAAAGAUGUCAGUCCUUGCGCCCGAGGUGCAUAAUGAGCUCGCACAGUUGUUGGAUGCCCUGCAGUCAUCCGACAAUAGCGUGCGAUCCCAGGCUGAGGAACAUCUUGCGAACAACUGGACAACGAACAAGCCUAAUAUGCUGCUGAUGGGACUGGUUGAACAGAUUCAAGGAUCCAAUGACCCGACGACCCGCUCCUUUGCUGCAGUCAUUUUCCGCCGAAUAGCUUCCAAGGCUCGCAAGCUACCCAACGGAGAGACGGUCGAGUUAUUCCUCUCUCUGCCACAAGAGGAGGGCUACAUCAUCAGGUCUAAACUGCUGGAAGCAUUAGGCGCAGAAGGCACGAAUGCUGUGCGAAAUAAGAUCGGUGAUGCCGUUGCAGAGAUCGCCCGAGAGUAUUCUGACGGCAAAGCACAAUGGCCCGAGAUUUUGGGCAUUCUUUUCACACUCAGCAUAUCAAAGGAAGUUGGACAGCGUGAGAUUGCCUACAGGAUAUUUUCAACAACCCCAGGAAUCAUCGAGAAGCAGCAUGAGGAUACAGUUCUUUCAGCUUUCACAAAGGGGUUUAAGGAUGAUGAUGUAUCGGUCCGCCUGGCAGCCAUGGAGGCCUUUGCCUCGUUCUUCCGAAGCAUUAACAAGAAAUCCCAACAAAAAUACUACGCUCUCAUUCCUGAAGUACUCAAUAUCCUACCACCAAUUAAGGAGAAGCAGGAAUCGGAAGAGCUUACGAGAGCUUUGGUUUCGCUGAUUGACCUCGCUGAAGUUGCACCAAAGAUGUUCCGACCUUUAUUUCACAACUUGGUAGCGUUUAGCAUAUCUGUGAUCCAGGAUAAGGAGCUCACCGAUCAAGCAAGGCAAAAUGCGCUCGAACUCAUGGCCACCUUUGCAGACUACGCGCCAGCAAUGGUCAAGAAAGAUCCGACCUACACCACCGAUAUGAUCACACAAUGUUUGAGUUUGAUGACAGACAUUGGAGUUGAUGACGACAAUGCUGCUGAAUGGAAUGCCUCAGACGAUAUGGAUCCGGAUGAGAGCGAUCUGAACCACGUUGCAGGCGAGCAAUGUAUGGAUCGAUUGGCAAACAAACUCGGUGGUGCAACUAUCCUGGCACCUACGUUCAGCUGGCUUCCGAGAAUGAUGAACUCGGAUGCUUGGAGGGAUCGACACGCUGCACUUAUGGCCAUCUCAGCAAUUUCAGAAGGUUGCAGAGACCUGAUGGUUGGCGAACUGAACCAGGUCUUAGAACUCGUUGUUCCCGCACUCCGAGAUCCACACCCUCGGGUCCGAUGGGCGGGUUGUAAUGCCCUUGGACAGAUGAGCACUGAUUUUGCUGUGACCAUGCAAGAGAAAUAUCACACAGUUGUGGUUCCUGCCAUCAUUCCUGUUCUCGACUCUCCCGAACCUAGAGUUCAGGCUCAUGCAGCCGCAGCGCUGGUGAACUUUUGCGAGGAAGCUGAGAAGACCAUUUUAGAACCAUAUCUUGACGACCUACUGACGCACCUCUUCCAACUCCUGCAAAGUCCGAAGCGCUAUGUUCAAGAGCAGGCCCUUUCAACGAUCGCGACAAUCGCAGAUUCAGCUGAAGCAGCUUUUGCGAAAUAUUACGACACGCUGAUGCCGUUGCUCUUCCAAGUCUUGCAACAAGAAAACACCAAAGAGCUUCGUCUCCUCAGAGCAAAGGCGAUGGAAUGCGCAACCCUCAUUGCAUUGGCUGUCGGAAAGGAGAGGCUGGGCAAUGAUGCCAUGAGUCUGGUUCAACUUCUGGCUACUAUUCAGCAAGGAAUCACAGAUCCGGACGAUCCUCAAGCACAGUAUCUCAUGCACUGCUGGGGACGCAUGUGCAGAGUUCUUGGUCAGGAUUUCCUACCGUUCUUGCCGAGCGUCAUGCCACCUCUUAUGGAGCUGGCCAGUGCAAAAGCUGAUAUCCAAUUACUUGAUGAUGAGGAGCAGGUCGAGCAAGUUCAGCAAGAUGAAGGCUGGGAGCUCGUACCUCUAAGAGGCAAAGUCAUCGGUAUCAAGACAAGUACCCUUGAUGAUAAGCAUAUGGCCAUCGAGCUUUUGGUUGUCUAUGCGCAAGUUCUGGAAGGCUCAUUCGCACCUUAUGUCCUCGAGGUCAUGGAGAAGAUUACUUUGCCCGGGUUGGCUUUCUUUUUCCAUGAUCCCGUCCGAGUUGUUUCAGCGAAGUGUGUACCGCAACUCCUGAAUUCAUACAAGAAGGCUUUCGGGAACCCAUCCAAUGAAUUGCAGACCCUGUGGAGAGGCACAGUUGAGAAGCUCUUGGAGGUUCUCAGUGCGGAACCAGCAGUCGACACCCUGGCCGAGAUGUAUCAAUGCUUUUACGAAUCUGUUGAGGUCAUGGGCAAGAACUGCCUCACUCAACAAAACAUGGAGACGUUCAUCGAUUCCGCACAUUCAGCUUUGGAGGAUUACAAGGACCGGGUGGCGGUCCGUGCCGAAGAGAGAGAAGGCGAUGCGGUGGAAGAAGGCGAAGAAGAGUCGGAGGAUAUGCUGUUCGCCAUUGAGGAUGACCAGACGCUUCUUUCGGACAUGAACAAGGCAUUCCAUUGUAUCUUCAAAAACCAUGGAGUCACUUUCCUACCAGCAUGGGAACGUCUCCACAGCACUUACGAACAAUUCCUUAAGAGCCAAGAUGGCACCCAGCGACAGUGGGGUCUAUGCAUCAUGGACGAUGUUUUGGAGUUCUGCGGCGAGGAGAGCUGGAAGUACAAGGACUACAUUGUUGAACCACUCAUCGCCGGCUGCAGAGAUACGGCACCAGCUAAUCGACAAGCUGCUGCGUAUGGUAUCGGGGUGGCGGCUCACAAGGGUGGCCCCCAAUGGUCUGCCUUCUUCGGCCCAGCAAUCGAAUUGCUCUUCCAGGUCACUCGGUUGCCCAACGCCCGAGGGGAUGAUGAUGUCUAUGCGACAGAAAAUGCGUGUGCUGCGAUUGCCAAGGUGUUGCACUACAAUGCUGCGAGCGUCCCCAACCAGGAAGAGGUGAUUCGUCAGUGGAUCGACAUUCUCCCGGUUGUGAAUGAUGAAGAAGCUGCACCAUAUGCUUAUGCAUACCUUGCUCAAUUGAUCGACCAACGAAACCCUCUUGUCAUCGGCCAAGCUGGGAAGGUGUUCGUCUUUAUUGCCCAAGCUUUGGAAGCGGAAACAUUGCAAGGCCAAACCGCUCAACGAAUCGUCGAGGCGGGCAAGGUUCUUUUGCAGGUGGCUGGACUCGACCCCCAAACCGUGCUUGCAUCUCUGCCGAUCGAAACUCAACAGACGGUAAGGGCAAUGUUUGGCUGAACGAAACCAUUUACGAAUACUGGGCAACAAGCGGGAUGGGACGUUCGGAUAUGGGACGGCAAUGGAUGGGACAAGAUUGACGACUCAUAGAAUGAUUUGAUACCACACGCGCUACACCUCUUAUUUUCCUUUGUUUUCUGGGGCCGGAUUUUAGCAUAGCGAGAUCUGAUGGGAGAAGUAAUGCACUCUUUGGCGGCACUUUUAUGGCGGUGGUGGCUUGGCCGCGAUGUGGGCCAUCUCCUUCACAAUGGAAUUCCCAGAUAAAUGUCUAGAGAUUGGUGCCUAUUUGGUUGAUGUGAUUCUGAUAAGAAGUGAGUUAUAUAUAACACCGGUAUUGAAGCGCCGCCGCACAGGUUUUCAGCAGAAUUGUUG